UAUGAAUGCUAUGAUGAGGCAGAUGAGUGGUAUGAUGGGAGGGCAGGGACUCGGAGGCGGGCGUGGAGGGCGGAGAUGAUUCCAAGUUGGAUUUCUGGGGGUUUGCUGCGCGGUCGUUGUUGGUAACUUUUAUCCUAUGCAUUUGCAUUGUCCGGCGUUAAGGUACAUGUAAUCGCGCACGCGCCAACUCGCUGAUGGUUUUGGCAUCGUUUCCCUCUUGCUUGGAAGUUGGAACCGUUUUGACAUGGCAUCAUUGCUCCGACAAUUCCCCUGGCCCGGCCGGGCAUGGAAACCGCUUACCUUCUCUUACCCCAAUUUCACGCGCAUCCCUUUAGGUGAAAAACUGGAGGAGGAGCGUCUUCCUGGUUACGUCGUGUCGCGUUACUACCCUGUCCGCCUCGGCCAAGUCUUCAAGAACCGCUAUCAGAUUGUGGGCAAACUGGGCUUUGGAACGAGCUCAACCGUUUGGUUGGCCCGCGAUCUAGACGGUCGUCGCCAUGUGACGCUGAAGCUCUUUAUACACUCCGAGUCCCUAGGUAGCCAGGUAGACCACGAGCUUGCGAUAUACAAGCGCAUCUCAGCAUCAUCUAAGGAUACAAAACACCCCGGCCGUGGCGCUGUCAGGGAACUCCUCGACUCUUUUGAUGUGGCUGGGCCAGACGGAUGUCACCGGUGUCUAGUACACCCCCCACUGUGGGAGAGUGUCUUGACUUUCCUCCACCGUAACCCAGUGAGGAGGUUGCCGGCGCCUGUACUGGCCUUUGUCCUCCGCCGGCUGUUCCUUGCGUUGGAUUUUUUGCAUACGGAAUGCAACGUCAUUCAUACAGAUAUCAAAGCGGAUAACAUCAUGUUUGGCAUUGAGGAUGACUCUGUCUUUAGCGCGUUUGAAGAGCAAGAGUUGCGCGAUCCGUCGCCGCGAAAAGUUGUGGACGGCGAGAGAACCAUCUACAUGUCACGCGAGCUCAGGAUGCCAAAGAACUGGGGUGCGCCGGUGCUGUGUGAUUUUGGGUCGGCUGUGGUGAGGGACAGGGAGCAUUCGGAGGACGUGCAGCCUGAUAUAUACAGAGCGCCGGAGGUUAUACUUGAAGCGCCCUGGUCGUACGAGGUGGAUAUCUGGAAUAUCGGUUGCAUGAUCUGGGACCUCUUUGAAGGCGGUCACCUCUUUACAGGACACGAUCCAGAGCAUCAAACCUAUCGCAGCCGAGCGCAUCUUGCGGAGAUCAUUGCCUUGCUUGGACCGCCUCCGCAGGGCCUUCUCAACCUGGGGAAAUCAAGCCACAAGUUCUUCACGUAUACAGGCGAUCUCCGCUCGGAUAUUCCCGUCCCGGAUCGCGUGUCGCUCGAGGAGAGAGAAACCAGCCUGGAGGGAGAGGGCAAAGAGAAAUUCUUCGCCUUGAUGCGGAAGAUGCUCCAGUGGGAACCGUCAAAGCGUGCUUCGGCGAAGGAGCUGGCUGAUGAUGAAUGGAUUAUGGGAUAUAUGUAGAACUGAUGUUGAAUACCCGGGCGGCCAGUGCCCCUGGGAAGAUUCUGGGAUGGCCAGUCGCCAUCCAUGUGUCUCUGACUACUAGUACCGUUGUAUAAGGUACCUAAGGUACUCAAGAAGUUGUGCACUGUACCUGUAUGAGAAAAUCUGGGUCAUAUUAAGGGGUAUCAGCCGUUCUUACAGAAAACUCUUAACGUAUGCUUCGAAUCCGGACAAACAAAGACUAUAUACUGA